CGCUGUCUUCCGGCGAGGCUAAGCCCCGCCUCUCGUCUCUGACCGGCGGGGGGAAAGAACUGCGCAUGCGUGGAGAGCCGGGCGGUUCAACCACAAGGAGGCUUAACGCGCGCAUGCGUCAGAAACAUUGCUCCAAGCGAUGACCUUAUAUGGGCAUGUGACGUCACGCGAAGGGGUUUUCCUACCCGGAAGAAGCCUGUUUUCCUCGUUUUCCCGCCAUGGAGGAGUCCCACCGGGCUUUGCUUCGAAGGAACCGGGUCCGGCUGGUGAAGGAGCUGCGAGUGGAUCCCCUUUGGGACCUCCUGCUGCAGGAGGGGAUCUUCUCCCAGGACAUGAUCGAGGAGAUCCAGGGGUCCGGUGCGCGGAGUGCGCAGGCGCGACAACUGUGCAUUGACCUGGAGACGCGGGGCAAGCGGGCUUUGCCGGUUUUCGUGCACUGCCUCCAGGAAACGGGUCAAGGCGCUCUUGCCGAUCUGCUGGGUCGGGGAGCCAAUCAAGUGCCCGAGAGUCUUUCGGACCACAUCAGACCCGUCCCCAUCCGUACGGACACAGUGGCAGAAAGACCACAAGAACCAAGGCCAGAAAUUACACCAAUUCACGGCUCCGGCGGAGAGAAAUCCCGGAGGAAUUCGGAAACAGCCUAUGUCCUCACACAUGACCCGUGUGGCUACUGCCUCAUCAUCAACAACGUCAACUUCAGCGAGGCCUCCCAACUCGGCCGGCGCUCCGGAUCCGACCUGGAUUGCGAGCGGAUGGAGAAGCGCUUCAAGUCCUUGCGCUUCGAGGUCUUGACCCGGCGGGAUCUCCCGGCUCAGGCCAUUGCGGAGGAGUUGCAGAGCCUGGCCAGGCGUGACCACAGCUCAAUGGACUGCUGCCUUGUGGUCAUCCUUUCUCACGGCUGCCAGACCAGCCACGUCCAGUUCCCGGGCGGCAUUUUCGGCACGGACGGCCGCCGUCUUGCGGUGGAGAAGAUGGUCAGCCUCUUUGACGGGUCCCAUUGCCCCAGCCUCAGGGGGAAGCCCAAGAUCUUCUUCAUCCAGGCCUGCGGAGGAGAGGAGAAGGACCGAGGCUUCCAAGUGGAUCUGGACCCACCCUUUUAUAAUCCGGCCAGCAUUGAAUCCGACGCGAUAGCUUUCCAAACCCAACCGGGCAAUACCGACGAACCGGACGCCAUUGCGAGUUUGCCGACCCCCAGCGACAUCUUGGUGUCUUAUUCCACGUUUCCAGGGUUCGUGUCCUGGAGGGAUAAGCUGACCGGCUCCUGGUACAUCGAAAGCCUGGACCAAGUCCUGGAGCAGUUUGUCCGUUCGGAAGACCUGCUCGAUAUGCUUCUCCGAGUUGCCAAUGCUGUCUCGGCCAAAGGGACCUUCAAGCAAAUGCCCGGCUGUUUCAACUUCCUCCGGAAGCGGUUCUUCUUCAUGGUCCGAUGAACGGGCCUUCCAUAUUGGAGAGGGGAAAUCCUGCCCUACCGAAGAAUAGACUGCAACUCUACCAGCAAAUUAUAGAAUCCAUUGUAGCAGUCGUGACUGUAAAUCUACAAGCAAAUUAGAGAAUCCAUUGUAGCAGUCGUGACUGCAAGUCUACAAGCAAAUUAGAGAAUCCACUGUAGCGGUCGUGACUGCAAAUCUACAAGCAAAUUAUAGAAUCCACAACAGUGGCCGUGACUGCAAAUCUACAAGCAAAUUAUAGAAUUCACUACUGCGGUCGUGACUGCAAAUAUACAAGCAAAUUAUAGAAUCUACUGUAGUGAUCAUGACUGCAACUCUACCAGCAAAGUAUAGAAUCCACUGUAGUCAUGACUGCAAGUCUACCAGCAAAAUAUAGAAUCCACUACUGCGGUCGUGACUGCAAGUCUACCAGCAAAUUAUAGAAUCCAUUGUUGUGGUCAUGACUGCAAAUCUACCAGCAAAAUAUAGAAUCCACUACUGCGGUCGUGACUGCAAGUCUACCAGCAAAUUAUAGAAUCCAUUGUUGUGGUCAUGACUGCAAAUCUACCAGCAAAAUAUAGAAUCCACUACUGCGGUCGUGACUGCAAGUCUACCAGCAAAUUAUAGAAUCCAUUGUUGUGGUCAUGACUGCAAAUCUACCAGCAAAAUAUAGAAUCCACUACUGCGGUCGUGACUGCAAGUCUACAAGCAAAUUAUAGAAUCUACUAUAGUCAUCAUGACUGCAAUUUUACCAGCAAAUUAUAGAAUCCACUGUAGCGUUCAUGACUGCAACUCUACCAGAAAAUUAUAGAAUCCACUGUAGUGGUCAUGACUGCUUCCCCCCACCCCCUUUAAAUUCAUUGUUUUCAGUACCAAAUUGCAGUAGUGUUGCUCUUCCUGGGCCCAUAACCCUUCACUUUAUUUGGGUCUAAUUUCCCAAAGAUCCCCCCCUUCUGCCAUAAAUGUAAGUGUAGUGUAUACAUACUAAAACGGAAUGGAAGUUUUAGUUGGGAGUCAAGAGUGAUACCUUUUUCAUAUUUAUUUUCCAACUGAAUUGUUUCCAAUUAAAUGUUCUAUAUUUCUAUGCAA